CCAUCUUGGCUCGGACCUCAGACUCCGCCCCGCUUCACGCCGCUGAUCCGAGGGAGCGGAACUGGAAGACAGGGGAAUCGUCGGGCACCGACUCGCUGACGCUGUUUAAAUAGCGCCACCGCAGCGAUGCAAGUCGGAAGUUGUAGUUCUCGACCCCGGAAGUCUGUCCUUACACAGGAGGCGCGGCGGUACCUUAAUCGCUGCGCAACCUGGGACGUGCGGGCGGUGCGUGCGGGAGAUGUGGUCCGCGCCGAGCUUCUCACGCCUACCUCGGGAAGCGCCGGAAACUUCCAGGGCCCUCCAGGUGGGCCGGGGCCUCCGAACAGCCCAGACGUCCGACCAUGGAGCCUUCGUGCCGUGCUCCGCCCCCGGCGUGCACUCGGCGGGGACCGCCUUUCCUCCUCUAGGCUCGCUUCGCUGCCCCCCAGCGGUGGUGCAGCCCGGCCUCGGGACGGACUCCGAGAACCCCGAGCCGGGCCGAAAGUGCGGGGUCCUGACCGCGCCGCGGACGGGGAGCCCUCGCUCGGUCAGAGGAAGAAGAGGGUUAAACCUACCGAGAACGUUCGCUGCCGUUUCCUAGAGUGACGGGCUUGUGGAAUUUUCCGUUUCUGGAGCUGGACCCCGGUGUCCCGAGUGUCCGCCGCUCUGGACGUGCUCGUGAGCUGGCAUCUAGAAAACGGGGCGUUCUUCACCUGCAGUGCAGUCGGCCGCGCCAGAAGAGGCGAGGGAGAAUCCGGACGGGGCGGGGCGGCGGGGGAGCGGGACAUUCGCAUCCCGGGGAUCCCCCAGGUCACCCCUGGUUUGCGAGGUGGCUCUGCCUGAGCAGCCCUUCCUGGUGUGGCCGGGGCAGCUGCCCUCCCGGAAAAUGGUCAGGCUCUGGCCCUGGGGAGGAAGAAGCCUUUGCCAAGAGCAACCGUCUACAAGCCCCAAAACCUGCGAGUGCCGGAAGUGUGGGCUGACCACAGCCUGCCUCCCCGGCUUCAUUCACCACCAAGGCAGCCACGCUGGUGACAAGCCUUACCGUUGUCCGGGGUAUGGCAGAAGCUUCCGAUGUGGCUCUGAUUUGGUUAAGCACCACUGGGUACACACCGGUGAAAAGCCGUACUCCUGCCCCGCGUGUGACCAUCGCUUCAGCCCUAUACCUGUGCUUAGUGUGGUAAGACUUUCAGCAUCAGCUCCAACCUGAUCCGGCACCAGCGCGCACACACCGCUAAAAGCCUUACCGCUGAGGGGACUGCGGCGAGAGUCUCAGCCUUAGCUCCAACCUGUUGCAGUACCUGCGCUCCACAUGGGUGAGAAGGCCUCUAAGUGCCUUGUUUGUAUUGUAGGAGUUUUGUGCACAGUUGGAAUCUGCUGCGGCACCAGCACAAAGUCCGGAAACCUGAUGCUUGGUGGUGAGUGUGGCCGGAGCUUCGGCCAGAGCUGCCACCUGCCCAUCCACUAGGCGGCCCACAGCAGCGAGAAGCCCUGCAUCUGCCUGCAGUGUGGCAAGGCCAUAGCCCAAAGCUCCAACCUGGGCCAGCACCAGCGGACGCACCAGGGCGACAGCCUCUGCAUAUAGCCCUGGCUUAAAUUUUAGCCGAAACUUCAGCUCUGACUUUGGUUCGGACCUCAAGGAAAUGGAAGGAACCAGGAUCUCUAAGCAGACCCCCUUCUGCUCCCUUAGGGCUGUUGAUUUUAGAGCUAAUGAUGGGAUUCGGUUGGGGCGGGGGGGGUCUCCACAUCUUUUUGCCCAACCCUUUGCUAAGUCAAGGAACGCCAGUCUGGGCUGGGCAUGGUGGCUCAUGCCUGUAAUCCCAGCACUUUGGGAGGCCAAGGUUAGCGGAUCACUGGAGGCCAGGAGUUCGAGACCAGCCUGGCCAACAUAUUGAGACCCUGUCUCUACUUAAAAAAAAAAAAAGCCAGGCGUGUUGGCUCUCGCCUGUAAUCCCAGCUACUUGGGAGGCUGAGGCAGGAGACUCACUUGAACCCCGGGAGGCGGAGGCUGCAGUGAGCGAAGAUCGUGCCACUGCGCUCCAGCCUGGGCGACAGAGACUGUCUCAAAAAAAUAACAAAUUAAAAAAAUUUUUUUAACAAAAGAGCCCCAGUCUGAAAGAAUCAGAACACUAGAUCUGUGAUCACUGCCUUCAAAGAGCCCAGCCAGCUAAGAGGGCUUAGGUUUGUUCUUUGAAGUUACAAAGACAGAAUGUCGACCCGCUGAAGGGAGAGUUUUGGGAUGGUGGGAGCUGUCCAGCGCGGACCCAGGUGCCUGCAGAUCCGGCAGUAGCUGACGCAAUCCCUUCACAGGCCUAGGGAGUGAUGGGGUUAAUCACACCAGAACAACAGCUACCUCUUCCUAGAGGAAUGGGACCAGAAAUCAGGCAAGCGCCUGUGAGGAGUGCCAUGGCAGAGCGCAGGCGGGGCAUUCCUAACCUCCAGAGGGAACCAUGAGGGAGCCUGUGUUCUGGCAGAUGGGCCAGAGAAUUUGAACUUGGGACCAUUGUGUGAGCCCUGGGUGUGUGUGAGCCCUUCAAAAGUCCUCUCAGCACGUGAGAACUAUCAUUAUGGGUGAUGCUAGGGUGGUGGGGGCCCCAGAACAGACCUGUAUGUUGAGUUCAGGGGUUGCUUUGUUGCAUUUCUGGGCAGGAGCAAGAGGCCCAGGGUUUGUCACCUGCCCCUUCCCCUGCCUUAUCCCCUUCCCUUCCAAGUUCCCCAGGCUGCUUUUCUGCCACUGUCAAGAGACGGAAGAGUGGUGAAGAGUCCUUUGUGCCUGGACAUUGGGGACUGAACAUGGCCUUUUUGCCUGGGCAUUGCCCAAACAUACAUUUCUACUGG